CAAACAUGAAUGUUGGAGUUGCCCACAGUGAAGUGAAUCCAAAUACCCGUGUAAUGAACAGCCGGGGUGUGUGGCUGACACAUGCGUUGGGAGUUGGCUUGCUUCACAUUGUCUUACUCAGCAUUCCCUUCUUCAGUGUUCCAGUUGCUUGGACCUUAACAAAUAUCAUACAUAAUCUGGGGAUGUAUGUACUUUUGCAUGCAGUGAAAGGAACACCUUUUGAAACUCCUGACCAAGGUAAAGCAAGGCUCCUAACUCAUUGGGAACAACUGGACUAUGGAGUACAGUUUACAUCUUCAUGGAAGUUUUUCACAAUUUCUCCAAUAAUUCUAUAUUUUCUGGCAAGUUUCUAUACGAAGUAUGAUCCAACUCACUUCAUUUUAAACACAGCUUCUCUUCUGAGUGUGCUUAUUCCCAAAUAA